UUGUUUGCCUCUCAGCAACGUCACGUAAUAUUAUUAAUAUUCAUGAGCCAUCCAUCCAUGAUUCGGAAAUGCUCGUGCAAGUUCCACAGGUGAGUCGAAAAUCGCUGCAGUGACAACUGAUACACAAAACGACGGAGAACAGAGAGUGUUGGUGUUCGUGUACAGCUGGUUUUAAACGAUUCUGGACUGCUUUAAUAAGGUUAUCUAGCAGGCUCUAGGCCUCUUCCAUCACAAUGGCUAGCCAGCCAGACACUGCCAAUCCCAGCCAUGCUCUGUUUGACUGCUUUGUCAAGGCUCAGACUUGUAAAGAGGUGCAGCAGAACUUCAGCAAGCUCUGUAGCCACCUGGAGGUGGAUCCCAGAGACUACCAACUAUUCUACAGCAAACUGAAGGAAAGACUCAACUAUUGGAAGGCCAAAGAGCUCUGGCAGAAGAUAGACAAGAGAGCCGCCCAUCCGGACUAUGAUCAGGGCAAAGCAUGUCACCAAAACAAGUGUUUAGUGUUGGGUGCAGGCCCAUGUGGUUUGAGGACUGCUAUAGAGUUGGCUCUACUGGGUGCUCAAGUAGUUGUACUUGAGAAAAGAAGCUCUUUCACCAGAAAUAAUGUUCUACACCUCUGGCCCUACACCAUUCGAGACCUCCGUAACCUCGCCGCAAAGAAAUUCUAUGGCCGAUUCUGCUCUGGCUCCCUUGAUCACAUCUGUAUCCGUCAGCUGCAGCUGAUUCUGCUGAAACUGGCUCUGAUAUUGGGAGUUGAGGUGCACACAGGUGUGAGCUUUAAAGGUCUGCUUGAACCAUCAGGAAACACAGGAUGGAGGGCAGAAGUAUCACCUAAGUCCCACCCAGCUGCUUCUUUUCAGUUUGAUGUCUUUAUUUCAGCUGGAGGAGGAAGAUAUGUGCCAGAUGGUUUUAAGAUAAAGGAGCUAAGAGGGAAGUUGGCCAUCGGGAUUACAGCAAACUUCAUAAACCGUCACUCUAAAGAAGAAGCUCAGGUACCGGAAAUCAGCGGAGUGGCCCGAAUAUACAAUCAGCAAUUCUUCCAACGACUGCAGUCUGAGAUGGGCAUUGAUCUAGAGAAUAUUGUCUACUACAAAGAUGACACUCACUAUUUUGUCAUGACUGCCAAGAAGGCAAGUUUGUUAAAGAAAGGAGUGAUAAAGCAGGACUUCACUAAUGCAGAACAGCUUCUUGCACCAGCAAACAUCAACCAGGAGGCCCUGCUGCAGUACGCAUACGACGCCGCUAACUUCUCCACUGAACACAUGCUGCCAGAUCCGGAGUUUGCUCAGAAUCACGUGGGCCUGCCUGAUGUGGCCAUGUUUGAUUUCACAAGCAUGCAUAGAGCAGAGAACGCCUCUCUCGUGAAGGAGAGGAAAGGAAAGAAACUGCUCAUCGGACUAGUGGGAGACUGUCUGGUGGAGCCAUUUUGGCCUCUUGGGACCGGCAUUGCUCGUGGUUUCCUGGCUGCAUUUGACACCGCGUGGAUGGUUAAGAGUUGGGGCAAAGGUGUCUCGCCCCUGCAGGUGCUGGCGGAAAGGGAGAGUGUGUAUCAGUUACUCUCUCAGACAACUCCAGAAAACACAGGCAAGAACUACAGUGGAUACAGCAUCGAUCCAUCCACACGAUAUCCAAACCUCAAACUGUCCUCUAUCAAACCAAAACAGGUCCAGCAUCUGUAUGACAAAGAGGAAAAUGAUCACAUCAGCAAACCCACCAAGCAGAAGGAACCCACCAUAAAACCAAAACCUAAACAAGAGUCUAUCAGACGUCUGGAGGAGCUGUUGUCCUGGUGUCAGAGGAGCACAGCGGGGUAUGAGCAGGUGAAGGUGAUGGAUCUGAGCGAGUCCUGGAGGUCUGGUCUGGCUCUCUGUGCUCUCAUACACAACUUCAGACCUGAACUGAUUGAUUUGUCCCGUUUAGAUGAGUCCACUGCAGCUAACAACAUCCAGUUGGCCUUUGACCUUUUUGAGAGAGAGUUUGGCAUUGCUCCUGUCAUGCCUGCCAGUGAAAUGAGCAUGUGUCAUAAAAUCGACCAGCUCUCUAUGGUUGUCUACCUCACUCAGAUCCGCAACGCUCUCACAGAGAAAGAGACACCGGCAGAUUGCUCAAACAGUCUCUCGCCCCACAACAAGACCCUCUCCCUUUCCAGAACCCGAUCGGCUGUCUUAUUCAUCAACAAACUCAAGCACAACUCCCUCCAAAGACGUAAGGAGCGACUGGCAUUUGAACGAGUAUCAAGAAAGGAAAACAUGAAGGAGAAAGAGGAGAAGGAACUGAAACAGGAAAAACCUGUACCACCCAUUCCAUCAUCAGAUACGGGCGGCAGUGAGCUCUGUUAUUUCUGUCAGGAGCAUCUGUAUGUGCUGGAGAGAGGAAGCGCUGAGGGCAAGUUCUUCCACCGGAGCUGUUUCAAAUGCAAUCAGUGUGGCAACACCCUGCGACAGGGCGGAUACACUUUCCACUUCGAAACGGGGAGGUUCUACUGUGAACUGCACUCAGGGGCCGAGGAAGAGGAGGGUGAUGAAGAUCACAGAGGCUCACAGGAUCAUGCUGAGAAUGGCCAUAGUUAUAGAGAAAAUGAAAACAAGAAACAAAAAGGUGAAAUUGUGCAGAUCAGAUCCCCAUUGCAUCCCACCUCAGUCAGGCGGAAGGGCUCUUAUAAGAUUUCCGUUGAUCCAGACUUUGAAGAAUCAACCGAAUGCCCUACUCCCACAGAACAAGAUGACCAACCAUCAUCUAAUCAUGAGGACUCCAAAGAGCUGAAUCCAAAGAGCCAACCAGAAACCUCUAGCGUAGAAGAUCAACAAAACCAUGGCAGUCCAUCCAUUCCUGUUCCAGCCCCUCGAAAUUCUCGAAGUCCACUGUGCACACCACUCCCAAAACCUCGCACAGUCCAUAACGUGUUACCACAAGCUUCAAACACUCACCAAGACCAGAAACUAGAGGAGAAGAACAGUCAUCGUGACCUUACUCCAGACUCCAAACCCAAACAGUCUUUGCGCAAAAUUCAACUGAGCGAAGAGGAAAAGACAGACUUGCUCAAUCUGAGCUUCAGACAGGACUCUGACCCUGAAACUCCUGCCUCAUCUUCUGCUGCCUCCACUUCUUCCUCCAAGCAGCAUGAAGGAGGCGAGGAGGAUGGUUACUGGAGCGGAGGUAUAGCGGCAGGGAAGAGCUUGUGGGAACCGAAGAACCGCCGUUGCGUGAGGAGGAAGGGUGAGCCACCGGCUUCUGUCCAAGCACAGCACAGAAAGAUCCGGUCCAAAUUCUCCCCCUGGAACCUGUCUUCACCACGGUUACAACAGCGGUUCAGUGUGUUCCGAGUUGGACCUUCAGGACAAGCUCAACCAGAUCAUUACGUAUCAGAAGAUGACAAUGAAGAAGAUGUUGAUGAUGAUGAAGAAGAGGACGAAGAGGAUCUUGAAGCAGAAGAUCAUUUUCUGGAUUGUAAAAUUUCUGAGGCUGAGAAACGAGACCUGAUGAAGAUGAGAACUCUGGAAAGGAAAGCCAGGACGAGUGAAAUCCAGCGUUUCCACAAGGCUCAGUCGAUUCAGAGGAGACUGGAAGAGAUCGAGGUGACCUUUAAAGAUCUAGAGGACAAAGGAGUGGAGCUGGAGAGAGCUUUGAGAAGAGAAGCUGUGUCAGAUGACUCUGAAACGAUUGACCAGUGGAUUGAUCUGGUCCAGGAGAAGAACACUUUGCUUUCUGAGGAGUCCGAUCUCAUGGUGGCGUCUCGACAGCUGGAACUAGAAGACAAACAGAGUAUGUUAGAGAUGGAGCUACGGCGAUACAUGGAUAUGGAUGACUCCGAGAAGACCCCUGAGCAGAGAGCAUAUGAGGAGCAGAUCCUGCAGGAGAUGCUGGAUGUGGUGGCCAUGAGGGAUUCACUUGUGGCUUUCCUAGAGGAGAAGAGAUUGAAGGAACUUGAAGAGGAAACACUGGGAAACGCAAUACUGUUAUCCAAGAGACAUUCUCCUGCAGGAUCACAGGUGCACUGGGACACUGGGCACAAGAGACCAUAAACACACACGCAUCAACACACUCAACAAGAUCUUUCUGAUAAACAGAUUGCAUUAGCCUAUAUAAACAAAGUGAUUUGCUGGCACAUAUGCAUACAUUGCACAGUGAUGUGCAAAGACUCUGUACCAGUAAAACCAAAGACAUUUGCUUGGAGUUCAAGCUCCAACCUCACGAUUUGCGUGCAAAGGCUUUUGCCAGGUUUCACUCCUAUAGAAAUCUGCGUAAAACGGAUGUCGGAAUUCUGACUGAAUUCUGAAAACUACCGAAUGUUCUGGAGUUCCACGACUGGCUCAGCAUUCCCUGCCCGGGCAGAGUGUUGCAUGAGACCAACGGAAAAUCGGGGACACACACACACACACACACACACACACACUUUGAUGCUCAAACACAGCCACAGCAGUCGUGCAGUACUUUUAAUGAGAGCUGGACUUCACAUGACACACGGCUUUUGUGAUUAUAUAAUGUCUCGCUUUUUUAAAGAGUUGUCUACUAUAGUCAAAGAUGUUCUAGAUAUCGAAAUGUCCAUAUGAUGAAAAUAUUAUUCAAAUAUAUAUCAGAUUGACAGUAAUACUGAACUUACACCAAUAUCAUGUCUUCAACAGCACUUGCAUUGUAAAAUGAUGACUAUAUUAUGGCUUUGCAACAUUGAGAUAUUCAAUAUCAAAAUGGGCUUUUGUGCAAUGUACUAUUUUUCUAUGUAACUCAUUGUAUUUUGUUAUUAUUAUUAUUAUCAAGCUUAAGAAAUGAUUGUUAUUAUAUAUUGUUUUGAUAUUUUUUGCAUGAUCAUGGUUUCGAUUCUCAGGGGAACAUCUGCCUGGCUUGGUCUCCAUUUAUAUAUUUGGAGUUACAUAUAAACACAUAUGGAUUUUAUAAGUAUUUAUACAUAAUACUUGUUCAUGAAGUCAUUUUAGGGAGGCACAACGGAGGAAAUGCGCUGAAAUCUAACUAGGCCUCUAUCUGCACUGUGGGAUUUUAGUGGCAUUAACAAAUUUCCUUUUCUGUUUACACGUCUUUGCAGGACUGAGAAUAAUUAACUUUUUGUCCGAGAGGAAUUUGUGGAACUUGAGUAUUUGGGGAACAGUAGUGUAAUUUUGCUGUUUGCCUUUGGUCACUAGUUGUGUUUCUUUCUUUUCUUUAAAUAUUUUCACACACCGGCAGUUUUUCUUUUCCUAUGGGUGAAAAUAUUCACUGAAUACACAAA